CAUUCACUCCUCCUGUGCAGUGUUUUAUACUGAAAGGUAAAGAUGCGAAUUCACACUGCGACUUGUGCACCAGUGAGCGGAUCCUUGAGCAGACAGGCAGACAGACAGGCAGGCAGGCUGCACCUCACAGCCUGUCUGAACCGCUUCAUGUGAUAUGAACGUCUCCACUUCAUCAGCUAUGACUGUGUGUGCAGGCCUCGACGCAGCAUGAUAACAUCUGUUCACACUCCAGUAUCUCCAGUGGGCCGACAGUGAGGACCAGUCGCCACUAUGCGAUGUGUGUAAGGGACCAGCGGCGGUGUUGCGGCCCUAGGCGGGAUGCUGCUGACGGCCGGUCAGUAUGACUUUGCUGGACUUGUGGCUGUCGCGCUCCAUCCCCAUGUGCCUGCUCCUUCAGAGCCUUGUCCUCAUGGCCCUGUGCUUCCCCUCGGCCAGCAUGUGUCCAAAGGGCUGCAUCUGCCAACGCGACCCGCACCUCCACGGCCUCAACGUUACUUGCAGUCAGUCCCGCCUCAAAGAGAUCCCCCCCAGCCUCCCGGUCGACACCGUCCUGCUGAGGCUGGACCACAACCAGAUAGGCGCCGUGCCCGACCAAGCCUUCCACGGACUCCGGCUUCUGAGGGAGCUCAACCUUUCGUACAACGCGGUGGAGACCUUAGGGGAGGGUGCCUUCAGUGGCAUAGAGGCGACGCUACAGGUGCUGGACCUCUCGCACAACCGCAUCACUAGCGUACACAAGGAUGCCUUCGCUCGGCUCAAGGCCCGCGUCAUCGUGGACGAUAACCCUUGGCAUUGUGACUGCGCCCUCCAGCAGGCCAUCGGCGGCAUGGCCCACAACCACGAGGCCGCCGCCCGGGUCCUCUGCAGGAGCUCGGAACUUCGCGACCAGGAGGGUCGACCUUUCUUAGCGGUGGAUACUGACCUCUGUAACCUGGCCAAAAGGACCACAGACUACGCUAUGCUGGUGACCAUGUUCGGUUGGUUCGCCAUGGUCAUUUCAUAUGUAGUGUAUUAUGUCCGUCAGAACCAGGAGGACGCCCGGCGCCACCUGGAGUACCUCAAGUCUCUCCCCAGCAAGCCCAAGAAACCUGACGAGGCUGACGACAUAAGCACUGUUGUCUGACGGCAGUGUCUGUGUGUACACCAAAAUGUUUAUUGUUAACAGGACCCACAUUUCUAGUGUUUACUAUUUCAAACUUUUAGGUGACGUGAGCAUCAAAAUCUGCGGAGAAAUCUUUGUAUUUUGGGAAUUCUGUUGUAUGUCCUCACCAGGGUUUGUCCAUGACUGAUAUGAUCUGAGAUGAAAAGGGAGGCCACAAUAGUCUAACACCAACAUUGUCUUUUUUACAAAAGUUGCAUAUGGAGCUUUGGAAAUUUUAAUCUCAGGUUUAAAUAAGGCUUUUUUUUAGACGACAAUUUGGAAUAUCCGAAAAAAUAAAUAUAUUUGUACGACGUGACACCCUAAACUUCAUUUCCCCACAGCCCUCAUUUUCUCAAGGCCCACGAUAAAAUGUACAUUGCAAACACUCGCUAAACCAACUGCAUCAUUCAUAGCCCUUAAAAUGAAAUGUAAAUUCAAAUAUUUCUGAACGUCAGCAUUUCUGAGGCCUGCUUAUGGAGACUAUUUGAUCUGUACAUUGUGUAACGUUUAGACCAUUAAAGCCUUGGAUAUGGGGAAUGCAGAUAUGAGGUAGUCUUAUCUCCCUGCUGGCCUCCAGCUGUGGUGGCCUGUUUUUUAUGCAGACAAAUCAAAAUGGAAACAAAUUUAACUCACUGAAGCAUUUAGUAAACCAAGUCACAGCUACGGAGAAUACUGGAUGCUAUGGAAGCCCAUUUCUGUCAAGAAAAGAAACAAAUACAAAAAAAUACUCACUCAAAAUUAUGAAAUACUAAGUAGAAAUUUGGACUUUCUAAAUGAAAAUGAUGUUAAAUAUUGUGUCAAAGUUAGGAGAUCUUAAAGGGAAACUGCAGAUUUUCAACCGGCUUUGUGUCGUUGCAGUGUGGCCACCCAUAUAUGUACAAAUCAACCAUAUUCGGCGUCCGUCCGUGUUCCAUGCGUCUGGAGCUCCCCACUCACCUCCCUCUCAUUUGCUGGCGAGGGUCAACCGGAUGAUGCGGAAUGUGUCAUUUCGCACACACCGAGGGGUGUGACAAAGCGUUGGUUUCUUACGCCCUGGGAAUGAGAACAGACUGUUUGCACAUACCACCCACACUGCAAUGAUACAAAGCCUGUUGAAAAUUGGCCUUUAACUCAAAAUUAACAAAUUUUAAAUUACUUCAAAAGCUUUACUUUUUAAGGCCAAAUUAAGAGAUACAGUAAGUCAAAAUUGUAGCUAGCUUGUCAAUAUUACCUGCUACGUCAUGAUGAUGAGUCGAGUUAAAUUAGCUUAGAGCCAGUGGUCUCCCAACCAUGGUUUCAAGUCACAAUUCUGGUAAACUAAGCCACCCAAAACUGAUAAAGAAUGAAAACCAGCAAUUAUAACAACUGUAGGCUAUAACUCACAGAUUAACCCCCUGCUCUGUGAAAUAUGAAAAUGAAAGUGGGUCAUCAUAUUGCUCUUUGGCCACAACUUCAUCAAUCUGCUUCUAUACUGAGCAUAUAACUUUUCUUUUUUUUUUAAAUAGUCCAUAUGACGUAGUAUCUCAGAGAGAUGACUUACUGUCUCAUCAUUUUUAUUUCCCAUGUUUUCUUUUUCAUUCCUUACAUUUCAUUUGAUUUUUCUUUUCCGGGGCGGGAAUGGGCAUCCAUAGAUUCCGGAUUGGUCUGUUACAAUGUUCUCAUUGGCGUUAUGAAUUAAUUCUAACACCUGGAACGCUGCUGAUUUCAGUUCUUGCAAGGCUACAGCUUCUCCUUGUUGGAGUGCAAGGUUCAUUACAGGGUUGACAAAGAUAGUGCCAAAGUUUCCAUUUAAAGAAUGUACUGCCCCAAAAUUUAAAGAAACAAUACUUAUAUUUUAAUUGUAGCAAGAGGCCAUGGUGUAAGCAGGAUAAUCAACUCCAACGUGUGCAGCUAUUGAACAAUAAUGCACUCUGGAGGCAAAUGUGGGCCAUCCAAUAACGGCAUUGUGGAUUAUGCGUUUUAUACAGAUAUUUGAUAAUCGCAAUGCUAAUCCCAAUUAUGGUUUGUGUUUAAGCUUGAGAAUAAGGCUUUUUAGCUGAAACGAUAUGGCAAGUUGGUGGCUUCUGCGUAGCACUGCUGGGCUUCAUCACUGAGGAGAUGACUCUGCAGAAUUUAUCGAUGGUGAAUUUUUGUUCCAAAUCUACGGCAGCCUUUUGCUGCCAUCAUCACAACGCUGCUCUCAUUAUAACGAUGAAAUAACACAGUUUCUUGUUGUUCCUAC